GUGACGUGCUCCGGCCUUUCUCUCUCCCGGUCGUCGAGCUGCAAAGGGGGGAUAUCUCGAACGCGGUGUUUGUUUCUUUUCUAUUUACAUCAGCCCCGUCUUUGGCCCGUUUCCUGUCUGCCUUACAUUCGGGCAUCUUUUUUAUGAAUAAUCAAAAGCAACAAAAGCCAACGCUAUCUGGCCAGCGUUUUAAAACACGCAAAAGAGAUGAAAAGGAGAGGUUUGACCCUACUCAAUUUCAAGAUUGCAUUAUUCAAGGCUUAAAUGAAACUGGUAGCGAUUUGGAAGCAGUAGCAAAAUUUCUUGAUGCUUCUGGAGCAAAGCUAGACUAUCGCCGCUAUGCAGAAACACUUUUUGAUAUCCUUGUGGCUGGUGGAAUGUUGGCACCAGGUGGAACUUUGGCCGAUGACGUGAUACCUUCAGAAGUCUGUGUUUUUAAAGCACAGGAAGAUCUAGAGACCAUGCAGGCAUUUGCUCAGGUUUUUAACAAGCUAAUUCGACGUUACAAAUACCUGGAGAAGGGCUUUGAAGAAGAGGUCAAGAAGCUGUUGCUUUUUCUGAAAGGGUUUUCAGAAUCAGAGAGAAAUAAGCUGGCCAUGCUUACAGGCAUUCUUCUGGCCAAUGGGAAUCUCUCUGCAUCAAUUCUCAACAGUCUUUACAAUGAGAACUUGGUCAAAGAGGGUGUUUCUGCAGCAUUUGCAGUAAAAUUAUUUAAAUCAUGGAUCAAUGAAAAAGAUAUCAACGCAGUUGCUGGUAGUCUUCGGAAAGUAAACAUGGACAAUAGAUUAAUGGAACUCUUUCCUGCCAAUAAGCAAAGUGUUGAACACUUCACUAAAUACUUCACUGAUGCAGGGCUAAAAGAACUUUCUGAAUAUGUGCGAAAUCAGCAAACAAUAGGUGCUCGUAAGGAGCUUCAUAAAGAACUUCAAGAAAUGAUGUCUAAAGGAGAAUCUCUUAAAGAUAUAAGUAUGUAUGUGAAGGAGGAAAUGAAGAAAAGCGCCAUCACCGAGCAAACUGUGAUUGGUAUCUUGUGGUCCAGUGUCAUGAGCAUGGUGGAAUGGAACAAAAAGGAGGAGCUGGUUACUGAGCAAGCCAUCAAACACUUGAAGCAAUACAGCCCUCUACUUGCUGCCUUUACAACCCAAGGUCAGUCAGAACUGACACUGCUGCUGAAAAUUCAGGAGUAUUGCUAUGACAACAUUCACUUCAUGAAGUCCUUUCAGAAAAUUGUGGUGCUUUUUUAUAAAGCUGAGGUUCUGAGUGAAGAGCCUAUUUUGAAGUGGUACAAAGAUGCACAUAUUGCAAAAGGAAAAAGUGUGUUCCUGGAGCAAAUGAGAAAAUUUGUUGAAUGGCUUAAGAAUGCGGAAGAAGAGUCAGAGUCUGAGAAUGAAGAGGGUGAUUGAUUUAUUAUGGUGUCAGUAAGCAAACACAGGAGCUAUAGAUUAAAAAAAAAAAACUCAUGUUCCAUUGUGUGUCCUGGUUAUUACAUCCUACCUCCUGUAUCAAGCAUGAUAUAAGGGCUUUCAUUACACUAGUUUUAAUUUAAUUUUUUUUUUUUUUUUUCAUUUAAUGGUCAACAUGUCGGGGGCUUUUUUUUUUUUUUUUUUUUUUUUUUUAAAAACAAACCAACCAUGUUUUAAGAAGCCUUGAAAGUCUGGACUCAUCCUUUACAUUUUUCAAUUUUUCUUCAGUUACCCUCUACCUCCUGUUUUUCUACUGUAAUAAUGUAAUUUAAAGCCUUUCAAAACGAAUUCAUUUUAUCCCCUGGUUUUCUAUAAAAAAAAAUAAAGUUUAAAAUCCGUAUGAUUUGGUAUAUUUGUUAUGGAAACUUUGCAAAUUAAACACCGAAUCCAAAGUGAA